AGGGCGAGCAGUUGACUAACGCGACUCGUCGAGUGGAUUACGUUUGUGGCUGACGAAUAAGCGUGCAGAGUUGCAAGUGAUUUCAGUCUGUAUUAGUGGCAAGCACACGCGAUAGUACAACUGAGAAAUAUAGUUAUUCAUUCCCAAAGUGUAUGACACAAAAGUGUUAGUCACACGCAUAUACAUAUACAUAGUGUGUGUUUGUUCUGCAAAGGACCUCCCCACGAAGGAUAGUUACAUUUAUAUUCGCAAUUUCAAUUGACGGCAAAAUGCAUUUCCACUUCAAUGAAUUCGUUUUUACUUCCCUCUUGUGCAUGGUGGCGCUUUUGUCGGAUUACUUUCAUGGCGCGCAUAGCUUAUCCACCGUUGAUACGGUACGUCGCGCUGCUGGAUUUACAUUUAGCUCGGUGAAUGGCAGCAACGGUGGCGGCGGUAACAAUCCUGGAACAUCGCCGGCAACAGGUUUAGCACGACAACUCAUAGUGGGCACCAUACCGCAAGUUACGUUCCCGUCUAUUACCAAUUCGUAUUGUAUUUGCGUACCUCCAGGCUCUUGUCCUAAUCCCUUGCCAACAGCACCGACGGACGGCAGUGGACAAAUCGACAUACGCAUCGUGAAUAAUGGAAGCAUUGGGACCACAGUAACACCCGGCACUUGCAAUUAUGGACUUCAGCUCUGCUGUCAGGCGGGCUCAUACCAAUGUGGUCUACGCUAUCCGCCACCGCCCGGAAGUACAGCAGCUGGUGCAGGUCAAGCGCAAUUCGGCGAAUAUCCCUGGGUAGCUGCAUUGCUUACCACAGCCGAAGUUUAUUUGGGUGCAGGAGCGCUAAUCACGGCACAGCAUGUGCUCACAGCCGCCCAUAAAGUUUAUAAUAUCAGCACGUCCUCCUUCAAGGUGCGCGUUGGCGAAUGGGAUGCAGCUAGCACUUCCGAAGUGAUACCCGCACAGGAUGUAGCCAUCGCCAGCGUUUUUAUUCACCCGAAUUUCAAUUCGGCCAAUUUACAAAAUGAUGUCGCCAUCAUAAAGCUCGCCUCGGCCGUCUCACUAACGACCAAGUCCACGGUGGGCACUGUCUGCUUGCCAACCACCACAUUUGUGGGUCAAACUUGCUAUGUGGCCGGUUGGGGUAAGAAUGAUUUUGGGCCGACUGGCGCUUAUCAGGCUAUACAACGCCAAGUCGAUGUACCGCUCAUUACGAAUGCAGCUUGUCAAACGAUGUUGCAGGCCACGCGCCUCGGACAAACUUUUCAACUGAAUAACAGUAGCUUCAUUUGUGCUGGCGGUCAAGCCGGCAAGGAUGCGUGUACGGGCGAUGGUGGUGCACCGCUGGUCUGUCAGAACAACAAUGUUUGGUAUGUGGUCGGUUUGGUGGCUUGGGGUAUUGGCUGUGGUCAAGGUGGCGUGCCUGGCGUUUACGUAAAUGUAGCAACGUAUUUGGCGUGGAUUCAAACAGUUUUAGCCUCUUCGUAAUUGGUGACCAAAUCCCCUUCGGUUUGAUAUUACGUAGCAUAUAGAAUAACCGCAGUGUAUGUGGUCGCUUAAUUAGUUGCACAAUUAUGUAUCUGUUAACGCUCUCUGUGUUAUUUCAUAAAAUAAAUAAUUAUGUUUAGGUUAAACACAA